AUGCGACCAGCCAGUUUGACGGAGCUGCUAGGUCUUGGUGGACUGACAUCGCCACUACUGUGGGCAGGAAGACCUUCAAUACCAAAGAUGGUGAGAGCUGAGUUCUGCACCAAAGAUGCUUUGCAAGAGUUAGAACAAGAGUUUUGGGUUUUGAAGAUGGAAGGAUUAGAGAUUGAGAAGUAUAUUUUGAGAUUCAAUGAGCUUGCUAGACUUGUACCACACUUGGCUUCUACUGAGGAAAAGAAGAUCGAUCGUUUCAUUUGGGGUUUGAUUCCUGAGAUCCACCGUGACCUCACCAGCAAAGGCCCCAAGACCAUGUCCAGAGCCACUGUACUGGCUAAGACUUUGACUAAAGAUAUCAUCAGAUCUGGAGGUUUGUCGGAGAAUGUUGAGAAGGGGAAGAGAAGGGCUGAGGAGGUUGUUGAGAAGAAAGCUGAGCCCCCAAGUAAGAAGGGGAAGAUCUUGAAGAACUAUGCGGUGACCGCAGUGCCUGAGCCGACUAGAUACUCUGGAGCUUAUCCUAAGUGCUCUCGCUGCCAUCUUCAUCAUACUGGUGCUUGUCCUGUCUGUUAUAAGUGCCAAGGUGUUGGGCACAUGGCAAAGUACUGUAAUGUUGUUUCAGCGAACUUGAUCAGAACUAAUCCUCCACCAGUGAACAGAAAUCCUCAGAUGAGAAAUGUGAGACCUCCACUACCACCUGCUGUACCAGUUCAAAGAAAUCAGAACCAGUUCCAAAACGCCCAAGUUCAGCGUGUUGCUUAUCCACGCGGGCCCAGACAUCAAAACCAGAACCAUCAACAACAGCAAAACCAACAAGGCCCUGCUAACGCCCGUGUUUUUGCUCUGAACGCUGAGGAAGCUCGUCAGAACCCUCGGGUUGUGACAGGUACUUUUCUUCUUAACGAUCGUUAUGCUUCCAUACUAUUUGACUUCGGUGCUGAACGUAGCUUUGUUGCAUUAGACUUUAAAGCUAAGACUGACAUGAAAACUGGCAAACUAAAUGAUAAGUAUGUGGUAGAGUACGCGAAUGGCCAUAAGUACGACACUAAUGAAAUUACUCUAGACUGUCCUUUGAUCUUAGUAGACAAGAACUUUAUGAUUGACCUAAUCCCUGUCGAGAUUAGUAGUUUGACGUUAUCGUGGGAAUGGAUUGGCUAUCCAAACACCACGCGACUAUCUGUUGUCAUGAGAAAUUAG